CACAGCAGUGCUGUGACAGCACUGGCGUUCUAACUAGUUCUAACCUAGAAUUGUUCCUCGUAACGGAGUGUUUGUGUUCGCAAUUUUUUAGUUUUCAAUAAUAAAUAUAUUUAAUAGAAAGUGUGUGGCGUGUUCUAAAAAAUCUUUUUAUCGCGUUUUGUAGAAUAUUUGUAGAAUCUACUAAAAUGGCCGCUUGCGUAGCUGUUAUCGGCAAAGAUAACUCUCCGAAAUACAUCAAGUGUGCAGAUGAAGCUUCUGCCUUACAAUUUCAUUAUAAAGUGCAUACAUCAAUUGAUAUUAUAGAAGAAAAGUUGAAUGUAGGAAAUAAAACAACAGUUGAUAUACGUGACUUAUAUUUAGGUUUAUUAUUUGCAACUGAAGAAUAUAAAAUAUAUGGUUAUGCCACUAAUACAAAGAUUAAAUUUGUCAUAGUAUUGCAAUCAUCCAAUGUAUCCUUAAGAGAUAAUGAAGUAAAAAUGAUUUUUAAGAAGUUACAUGCUGCUUACUCCAAUGCUGUUUGUAAUCCGUUUUACAUUCCAAGUGAUCAAAUAAUUUCCAAAUCAUUUGAUAUGUCGGUGCUGGAAAUAAUGGGUGUUAUAUAAUAUUCUAUAAAAAUAUUAAAAUCUAUUGUUUAUAAUCUCAACAUUACAAAUGCUAUUAUCACACAAAUACUUCAUAAUAAAUUAAUAAUAAAUGACUUAGAACUGUAUAAAAUAUUUAAUUAAUAUACGUCCUGUAUGCUAAUAAAAAAAUAGAUUUUAUGCGAAAAUUAGAAGUUACGAAAAGUCAAAGCCAUAAUUACGAAGUCUAAGUUUUUUUGAGAGAUAUAUUUUAUGAUAUAUUCAGUGGGGAUGUUAAGAGGAUGCUUGAGUGACAGCUGAACUCCAACGCGAAAGCGUUAUUAUUUCGAUGGAACUAAAAAUGAGAUAGACAUUGUCGACGUAAUGUCCAUAUAUACGUAUUUGUUUACCUAGUUACUCACUAUACUGACAUGUGGUCUGUGUAUAUGUGUCGGAUAAUUUGUAAACAAAUAAUGCUGAUGCCUUUUCCUCGACAGAAAUUCUAUCAUAAAACUAUAAUAUAAUGUACGAGACAAAAUGGGCAUAUACGAAGUGUCAAAUAAAUAUAAAUUGAAUAUGACAAAAUAAUAUUUG